AUGCUAUCCCUCGCCCGAAUCCAGCUCCCACAGACCCAAAUCAUAAAUGUCAUUGUCCGCGCGAUCUCCAAAACCCAACCAGCUCACGGAGGCUACCCACGCUUUCAAUCUCGAUCUUGGCCUGACGAAUGGCAGCAAUGUCCUUGGGAUGCGCCGCUCCCAAGACAGGGUCGUACUUUGCAUUGGCAUCCUCCAGCGUCUUCCCUUGUGCCAAGACCUUGUAGAAGGUGUGACUGUACAACGGCUGGUCUCACACCAGAGUUCCAUGAGCUCUUUGGGAGACAUGUUCUCUUGGGUACAUCGGAGGAGCAUUUGGCUGGUCGGCUCACGGUGGAAUUUGCCCUUGGUAUACUUACGACGGGUGUGUCCUCCCUGCUGCGCCGUCUCGUACGGUAG